AUGUCAAACAGUUCGGCAUACAGCGAUAGCACGUCAACCAGUUCGGAACAUUCUAAAUUGACAUGCAGCGAUAGCACGUCAACCAGUUCGGAAUAUUUGUAUUACAGUACAAGCAGUUCGGAAUAUUUGGGUUCCAGCGACGGGGAAUAUAGUCCUUUGCACACGCGUAAUGAGUUUGUAUCUAAAUGGAUAAGUGAAUUAAGUGAAUUUGAAAGUGAUGAUACAAAUGACAAACGAACGUCAAUCGAAUCGUCGAACUACGAAUCAUCAUUUAUUGACGAUGACACAGCGGAUUUAAGCAGUGGCGAAUACACUUCAAGCGAAGAUAAAUGCAGCUGUGAACCAGUGCGAAAAAGAAAGCGAGUAUUUUCUUCUUCAUCCAGUGAUGUGCAAACCGUAUUCGCAAAGAACGGUAUAAUUGAUUCAGAUGAAGAGUAG